AUGGGGAAGACUGGCAAGUGGAUAAGAAACUUCUUAACGGGAAAGAAGGAUAAAGAGAGAGAGAAAGACAAGGAGAAGGUGAAGAAUACAGGCAAUCUUCAGCCGCCUUCAAUUUCCGCUGAACAGAUUCCGACAACACCAAUAACAAUCCCACCGACGACUCCCAAAGAAAAGAGAAGAUGGAGUUUUCGAAGGUCAUCAGCCACUGCACCAGGCCAGAAGGACUCCAAUUCAACGGAUAUGAUGGCCACAACACCACCAUCUCAACAGGCAUUCCUGGAAGCAGACGCUGAUCAGAAAAAACAUGCCUUGGCAGUCGCAGUUGCCACGGCCGCAGCUGCUGAUGCAGCAGCUGCAGCGGCAAAGGCUGCUGCCGCUGUGAUUCAAUUGACUGCUGCAGCAUCGGGGAGAACCUCUGCAAUUGAAGAGGCUGCAGCCAUCAAGAUUCAAUCUGUCUUUCGAGCUAAUUUGGCAAGAAAAGCUUUAAAUGCAUUGAAAGGAUUGGUGAAGUUGCAAGCAUUGGUGAGGGGACAUUUGGUGAGAAAACAGGCAACGGCUACCCUCAGGUGCAUGCAAGCUUUGGUCACUGUUCAGGCUAGAGCUCGAGCUCAAAGGAUCCAAAUGGCUCAGGAAUCAAAACCCAACAAUCUGAAGCAAUUUCAUCAUAGAAAAUCCACGCAGGAAAAUAGAUUCAGUCAAUCAUAUCAAGAUUUUGAUAAAGGAAUGGAAGAGAACAUAAAAAUUGUGGAGAUGGAUAUUGGUGACUCAAAGGGAAGCACAAAAAGUAGGAAUAGUUAUUCAAACAAUGGGCAGACAGAAAGAACGGAUCAUAGGAUUUCGACUCAUAGAGCUUAUUCAAACCAAGAACAGAUCACACCAUCACCAUCAGCUAUAACUGAUCUGAGUCCAAGAGCAUGUAGUGGUCAUUUUGAGGAAUACUCCUUUGGUACAGCACAAAGCAGCCCUCAGUACUGCUCUGCUAUAUCUAAACCUGACCCUUCAAAAGGUGCAUUUUCUUAUGCACGAUCAGAAUAUGGAGAUUCAUUGUAUAACGAGUAUCCAUUCUAUCCAAGUUACAUGGCCAAUACAGAAUCUUCAAGGGCUAAAGUGCGAUCACAUAGCGCACCCAAGCAACGGCCUGAAUCAUUUGAGAGACAACCAAGCAGGCGUAGGCCAUCAAUUGAAGGAAGAAAUGUACCAAGGGCUGUCAGAAUGCAGAGAUCAUCGUCACAUGUUGGUUCUGCUGCUCAGAAUUUUCAAUAUCCUUGGUCAAUAAAGCUUGACAGAUCAUCUAUUUCCCUCAAAGACAGCGAGUGUGGAUCCACCAGUACGAUGCUGACUAACACCAAUUACUGCAGAUCUCUGGUUGGACUUGAGGUAAGCAGGACAAUCCCAUUUGGCAAUCACAUCUGAACUAUCGGUUCAAGGAAGUAGGUACUAAUUGCAUGAAGUCAACUGGAAUAAAAUCAUUCAAGCUUAAAACAGAAUGCUAAAUAACAAUGCUGGUCAGACAGAGACUGAUAAGACAUGAAAUGUUGCUGACACAACUAAUUCACAGUUCAAUGUCGUUAUUCGUGAGUAUGAUUUUGAGAUAUAUGUAU